GGCCCUCAGAUACCACACAUGGUUGGACCUGAAAUUCAGCAUGUCACACAGACAGGAAAAGUCAACAAAUGCUUAUCCUUUGGGCCAUUUAGCAGGGGGUGGUGCCUCAGCACUAGGCCGCUGACCUUUCUGAAGUGUAGAAGCAGAGUUAGAGUUUUUUGUACUCAUUCAUUCUCAAUAAAGACAGACAUGGAGCUUGGAUCAAUUGUUAGUGCUGUGAGGAGUAAGAGGGUACUGCUCGGUGACGAAGUCCGUCCUGCUGUCAUCGUUAUAAAGGAUGGGAAGAUCCAUCAAAUACUCUCAGACAGCGACUUUUCUGGAGAUGUUGCUGGUGAGGUGUUGGAUGUGGGUGACAGGCUGGUGAUGCCAGGCAUUGUAGAUUGCCACGUUCAUGUGAAUGAACCAGGCCGCACCUCCUGGGAGGGUUUCUGGACUGCCACCAGGGCUGCUGCAGCUGGAGGGGUGACAACCAUUGUGGACAUGCCGCUAAACAGCAUCCCUCCAACGACCACACUAGGAAAUUUUCACGAGAAGCUGCAGGAGGCAACAGGGAAGUGUUUUGUGGACACAGCCUUCUGGGGAGGUGUGAUUCCUGGCAAUCAGUUAGAACUUCGGCCCAUGAUCCAGGCUGGAGUGGCUGGCUUCAAGUGUUUCCUCAUCCAUAGUGGGGUAGAGGAGUUCCCUCAUGUGAAUGACUGGGAUCUACACAGAACCAUGAAGCAGCUGCAAGGCACAGGAAGUGUCCUGCUGUUUCAUGCAGAGAGGGAUGUUCAGCAGACAACAGAGGAGAAUGGUGACCCUUGUCAGUACUCCACCUUUCUGCAGUCCCGACCAGAUGACAUGGAGAUAGAGGCAAUACGCACCGUCACAGAACUCUGCCUCCAGUACCAGGUGCGGUGUCAUAUAGUUCACUUGUCCUCUGCAAAGCCAUUGAAACUAAUACAGGAAGCACGGCAGGCUGGAGCACCCCUGACAGUGGAGACUACUCACCACUACCUCAGCCUGUGUGCAGAGAACAUACCCGCAGGGGCUACACAAUUCAAGUGCUGCCCACCCAUCAGAGGAUCUGUUAACCAGGAGCAGUUAUGGUCCGCACUGAAAGCUGGGCAGAUUGACAUGGUGGUGUCUGACCAUUCCCCUUGCACCCCUGAUCUGAAGAAACUGGAUAAUGGAGACUUCACUGAGGCUUGGGGAGGAAUUUCUUCUCUACAAUUUGGUUUGCCUCUGUUCUGGAGUUCAGCCAGUAAGAGAGGCUUUAAGCUGUCUGAUGUGGUGAGACUCCUCAGCCAGAAAACAGCCCAGCUAAGUAGUCUUGACAACCAGAAGGGCAGCCUUGCCCCCGGCUAUGAUGCUGACUUGGUCAUAUGGGACCCAGAGAGAGAAUUUGAAAUAAAAGAAGCAAGCAUUUAUCAUAAAAACAAGCUAACUCCUUACCUCGGUGUCACACUGCAAGGAGUGGUGUGUGUGACCAUUGUCAGGGGCCUGCUGGUGUACAGAGAAGGCUCCUUCUGCCCCGAGCCUCUGGGGAAGCAUCUCCUCAUCCCAAUCCAGCCCAACUGUGGAGCACAAUAACAACAAGCUGGAAAUGACCUCAACAUAUCUAGAGUUAUUGUAUUGUCUGAAUCUGUGAAAGUGCCCCAUGUCGUUUUCUUCAUCUCUCUCACCUAAUAUAUGCUUUACAUUAGAUUUUAUCUGAACAUUUUGAAAUCACAAUUUGCGAAUUGCAGAAUUCCCUACCUCCUCUAUAGAUGGUUAAAGGGGUGAUAGAAUGAUUAUAUAGGGUAUUUCACAAAGUUCCUUAUGGUCUCCUAAUGGGGUAUGUAACAUUGGUUGGGCUGAAAAU